CUCGCGCCAGGGCCGGGCUGGGCCAGAGCAGCCCAAGAUGGCCGACUUCGAGGAUCGGGUGUCGGAUGAGGAGAAGGUACGCAUAGCUGCUAAAUUCAUCACUCACGCACCCCCAGGGGAAUUUAAUGAAGUGUUCAACGAUGUCCGGCUACUACUUAAUAAUGACAACCUCCUCAGGGAAGGGGCAGCACAUGCAUUUGCCCAGUAUAACAUGGAUCAGUUCACACCUGUGAAGAUAGAAGGAUAUGAAGAUCAGGUCUUAAUUACAGAACACGGUGACCUGGGUAAUAGCAGAUUUUUAGAUCCAAGAAACAAAAUUUCCUUUAAGUUUGAUCACUUACGGAAAGAAGCAAGUGACCCCCAGCCAGAGGAAGUAGAUGGAGGUCUGAAGUCUUGGAGAGAAUCCUGUGACAGUGCUUUAAGGGCCUAUGUGAAAGAUCAUUAUUCCAACGGCUUCUGUACUGUUUAUGCUAAAACUAUAGAUGGGCAACAGACCAUUAUUGCGUGUAUUGAAAGCCACCAGUUUCAGCCUAAAAACUUCUGGAAUGGUCGUUGGAGAUCAGAAUGGAAGUUUACCAUCACACCAUCUAUAGCCCAGGUGGUUGGAGUACUUAAGAUUCAGGUUCACUAUUAUGAAGAUGGCAAUGUUCAGUUGGUUAGUCAUAAAGAUGUACAGGAUUCAGUAACUGUUUCGAAUGAAGUCCAAACUGCCAAGGAGUUUAUUAAAAUCAUAGAGCAUGCAGAAAAUGAGUAUCAGACAGCAAUUAGUGAAAACUAUCAAACAAUGUCAGACACCACGUUCAAGGCCUUGCGUCGGCAACUUCCAGUUACCCGCACCAAAAUCGACUGGAACAAGAUACUCAGCUACAAGAUUGGCAAAGAAAUGCAGAAUGCUUAACGGCUGAAUGUAGGAUUCUUCAGUACAUGGAAAGAAAGGAUUCAGUGUGUGGUCAUAUGAUAAAUAAGUGAUUUAUAAACAAGAGUGAUAUUUUGCUAGGGCUUUCAAAGUUAACAGGUUUUCUAGCCUCAUGGAAUACUGUUGAACCUAUAGCAUUGUCUUGAUUCUUUUGUGUUUUCUGUCUUGUAAUUUUCUGUUUUCACUAUAUCUACUUGUAAAUCUUUUUUUUUUUUUUCUUUUUUCAAUUCUGCCACAUUUAAAGAUGGAGAGAGAUAUCUAUCGUGGAGUCAUUUUACUGUUUAGAAAAUUUUCCUAGCCAUGAAGCCCUGUUACUGACAUAGACAGGUAAUAUGUUCAGUACUUUUCUACCCCAUCCUUCAAAGCACUUCUGGUACUUCAGUGGUUUUUACUGAUCAACCAACAGCUGAAGAGGCUGAGUUACAAACUGUAGCUGAAUGGAAGACACAUUCAUCCUUCUCCCUCCAAUUGUUUUGAUCUUCAUUUUUAACAUCUCAUAACUAUCAUUUCAAACUUUUGGAUUGGGGCUUUUCAGGUCCUUUUUUGGAGGCAAAGGAAGUUUUCUGGAAAUUCCAUUAUAGCCAGCUUCUCUGGGGAAGUUGUUUUUAAAUCCAAAGACUUGAACCACAUUCCCUACACAUGAACGUGUUUGCUUUUUUCCCUUCCCUCAUUGUCUCCUUCCCAUCUAGUAUCCAUUAUAGUUAUAGAUGUGCGUUUUUAGAAGAGUUUUACCCAUUUAUUAUUAUUUUUUUAAUAUUCAAAAACUGCUGACAUACUAGGGAUAUAGUAGAGUAUAAAACUUGAAAAAAUACAGAUGUUGAAGGAAUAAUAGGUAUCUUGUGCUUUAAUACUUUGUGGCAGGAUUGUACUAUAAGCGAAUGAAUCAAACAACUAUGUUAAUCACAAAAACUAAAAAUGAACCAAAGUGAAAAGGAUAACUUUCAGGCAGUAUCUUUCUAUUGUAACCUGUUAUUUAAAGGAAUACUAGUGAUUUGUUCUAAAUAGGAUGUAAAACUUGUUCCAAAUUACUCUUCCUCAGUCCUGCCUGCCAACUCAAAUGUAACUGUGAUAUAGCAACCCUUCCCAGGUUUAUUGGCAGGUACGGGUGUGAUCUCAGAAUACACAGGUAACAUAGAUAUGAUAUGACAGCUGGUAAUGGUGGAUUCAUUUACAUUGUUUACACUUCUAUGACCAGGCCUUAAGGGAAGGUCAGUUUUUUAAAAACCAAGUAGUGUCUUCCUCCAGAUACAUGUCAAAAGAAGGGUUUGUGUUCCAGCUUUGUUUUUGCUCAGUAAUACAGUCAAGCAAGAGUUUAUUUCCAGGUGACCUGUUGAGCUGUGUAAGCAUUUUUGUUUAUUUCAAAUAAAAUAUAUUUGUAUUAUUUGUCAUUCAUACUAUCCAUCCAUACCACACUAUCCUCUGUAUCAGGUAGUCCAAUAGAAAUAUACCUGUUUUGUUCUUAAA